CCUGUCAAAUCUUUAGUAGUGGCCAGUCGGCUAUCCACUGAUCACACUAAUUCAAUAAAUAGAUCAUUGGAUCAUCCGUUCUUCUGUAUUUGGUUUUAGACUAGUGUGCUGCUGCUAGUGGUAGAGCACUUAGAUUUUAAGUUGUAUCUACAUAAAUAUUAAAUACAUGUGCUUUCAGGUGUGGUGGAUGAAGCAAAUUUAAAGAAGGCAUUACACAAAAUAAUGAAAAGCAAGAUGACAGUAAGGCUGUCAAUAUUAACAUAACAUGGCUAGCAAGGGACCUUUCAGUCCUCCAAAUUUGCCCUAGCAAAUUUACCCUUGGAAAAAAUAACAAUUUAAAAUAUUUUUCAAGAGAUCUAAUCCUCUUCUUAACCCACUGUGUAUGGCAUUGGUCGAUUACACAUUUUACAGAUGUGCAUUCAGCAAUUAAUUAAUUAUAAAUGUGUGUUAAUGAACUUGGCAUCAGGACAUAUUUACAAUUCAAAUAUUUAUAUUAGCUGAGUUUCAAUUCCUUAAUUUCAAAGGGAAAUAUUAAAACUGUUUCUACUUCACUUCUCUUAUAAUAUGAAUAUGCUCUGUUAUCCCACUUGUGUACUUUGUGUAGCUUCAUUAAUAUAGCUUUUUUUUUCAAUGUAUUAACAUGAACACAAGUUAUAAAUAAUGACAAGGUAAAAUAUAAAAUUUUAGUGAUCUAACUUCUCCAUUUGUUAAAAUUUCAAUGUAUAUAUGUCCAACCUACUAUAAAAGCCUUACCCAUUUAUUCUUAACUUUCAAGGUAGUUUCAACUGUUUUCUUUUGAUGUAUAUGUUUAUAAUCAGUAGAAAGAUCAUUUUCUUUUUCUAAUUGAAGCUUGAAACUGUCUUUUGAUUGUAGUGGGUACUCACUGAAAUUUAAGUGACAGUUUGUAACAUAGAUUGUUUGUUCCAAUGACCUCUGGUAGGUUUUCAAGUCAUGAAAUAUAAGAAGUCCAGACUUUAAAAUGUUUGUUUGCUGUAACCUGACUGACUGUCUGAAAUUGGGGCUGAAUAAGUUUUUGUUUGUUUUUAAUUGUGUUCUGGAAAGUUUUUAUUUUCACCAAUUUCUGCCAAUAUACCGAUCCAUCUAACAAAAUUUACCAAUUUAAAUUUUUUUUAUCCUGUAUGAUGAUUAGAAUAUUUUUUCUCAGAUGUUCAUGUUGUCCACAAUGUUGUUGGAGGGCAUCACGUGAUUACCAGUCGAUAGCUCAAUGCAUUGAGAUUUGACAGCAUGGCUUAUUUUGUCCCCGGGAUCCUUCACGCUAAACUAAUAAAUACAUGAUCUAGCAAGGAAGAAUUUACUAGUGACGAGCUUAUUCAACAGUAUGGUAAACUCAAGUCUGUUCAGUGUAUCUGUAUCCGAAAAAUUUUCUCGGGUGGUGAGGAUUAGGGUCAAAACAUGUUAUUUCAAUUGGAAACUUAUUCACACGGAGGAAAGUACUUGUAGAUUUACUUGGUGAAUGAGGUAAAAUGGAAGAGUAAACUGUAAAAUUAUCAGCAACAGUCAGUUCAACUUCAUCGAUUGAGGUCAAUAUUGACCAGCAAAUGUGUGUUGCAAAAGAAUUUUAAAUUUCUGUAAUUCUCUUCAAAAAAUAAAUGUUGAUAGUAAUUGUAUUCAUGGUUUAUUGCAUUAUGUUUCGGUUGAUAAUGGAACUAGUGGUAUUUCCAAAAACAUUUUGCCAACCAAUUUGAAAAAGAAAAAAAAAAUUGCCUACCCAUGUUUUUAAUUAGUUUAGGGUUACAGCAAACAGAAAUAUUUUUAAGCCUGGCCCAAUUGGCAAACACUUGUCUAAAAACAUGAUUGAUCAGAUAUGAUAAUUGUAAUUUUUUAAUGAAUGCAUCUGUCAUCCAGUUUAUCACAGUAUAAGAUUUCCUCCUCUGCCCUUCUAAAAGAAACUUGUAGUGACUUGUAUGGAUAGUGUUGUAGUAGCUAGUGUACAAAGUUUUGUGAAAAUCUGGAAUAAUUAUUGAGAAGUGAGUAUUAGAAUACUAGUGAGGAAAGUUAGUAAUAUGUAACUCUAGUAUCAUGGUAUUCUGUAGGUUGAAAUAUACAAUAUAUAUAUAUAUAUAUAUAUGCAUAUUUGAGUUCCGGGGUGAUAAUGUGAGGAGAGAUUGAUUUAAAAGGGGGGGGGAAAAAAUUACAGUUCAUCAGUUUAACACAGAUCACACCCCCAAAAGUUGUUGUUAAAGCAACUGAGGGUAUAACUGUCUCAACUACUACUGUAAUAUUCUACAACCAGCCCGAGUCCUGGUAUUGGGUGAAAAGCUUCAUUAACAAUAUAUAUUAAAGUUACUUUAUUUAAUAUUCUUAGUUUACUAUCAAUGUCUUGUAUAAACAGGUUAAACAGUGGAAUGCCUGUUUUGAAGGCAAAACCAAAGCAUCGUCUAGCACUGAUAUCUUGUACUCAGUAGUCUAACCUGUAGUUAUAUUUGUAUUAAUUUUUUUUAAAACCCCAUAUAGAUUUGUGUCAAGCUCAUAAAUAAUCUAAACUUUUUUCUUUUCUUUUUUUUACAAACCUUUAGCUUUCACAAAAACAAUUUACUAAUUACAUAAUGGGUUGAUAGGCUGCACUAAGAUUAAGUUCAUUGACAGUAGACCUGUGUUAUUUCAUUUUUGUGAUCAUCCAUUGGUUUUCUACAUUAGAAAAGUAAAAAUUGAAGACAUGAUUUUGUGUUUGCAGGGUGUGGGAAACUCAAUUUUACAGUUUUUAUGAGAUUAUCUUUAGUAAAUAAUGACACCUAAAAACACAGAAUGAUGUCCCUGGAACUGGGUAUCUUUUUUGUCUGUUUCUAUAUUUUUAUAAAUUUAUUUUGAUUUAAAAUAGUGUAUAAAAUCUUGUAAAACAAAAUGAAAUUUUUUUGAAGUUUUAAAAUAAUUUUUUCGGUUUAAAAGAUCUCAGUAUUUGUGUACCUUUUAUUUAACAUUGCUGCACAAACCAUUAAUUUAAAAUGUGGUUGUAAUGUUUUAUUGAUUAGCAGUUGUCAAUUCUGAAACAUUUUUUAGGUACUUUCAUUGAUAUGAAUGUUUUAUUAAAGUGUUUUUUGCUCUUGUGUUGGCAGUGGUGGAUCGAUAUACCCCCAGUGGAGGCGCCUUCUGUUCUAGAGGGGGUCUGUUGAUUCUCACACAAAACGCUCCUCAAGUCCUGAGCAGUAUCUUGUAUUAUUCCUUUAUACUUAGUGUAAUUCCAGUAAUUAACAUUAUUAUAUAUUAUGACUACUAAAACUGUGAUUAUAAGUGGGUCUAGAACAAACGUGAUGUAAAAUGUUGUUCAUUCUAAACAUGUAAGUGGGUUGCAUGGUAUGUAUAAAAUUUAAAUGUUAAGAAUAAAAAAUUUAAAAGGGUGGGAUGAAGUGGGCCUCCACUAAACCACCAUGACGACCCGUCAGGCAUGGAUGUGCAGACGUCACAGCUCAUCCACAGCAGGAAUCUUUUUUUCACCGUAGCCAAGAUGUUGGAACAUGGGUUGUUCAGCCUCCACCAUCUCGGGACCGAAGCAGACUGAACUGGAAGGAGCUUUCACCACUGCUUGGAAACUGUUUGUUGGAGGUGUAAGUUGGGAUACCUCAUCAAAUGAGAUAAAAGAAUACUUUUCCAAGUUUGGAGAAGUUACCGAUGUAAAUAUAAAAACUGAUCCAGCUACUGGGAAGUCUCGGGGGUUUGCCUUUGUCACCUUCUCUACAGUAGAAGCAGUUGAAUCGGUUUUGGCAGUAAGCAGUCAUGUGAUUAAAGGAAAACAGGUUGAUCCCAAGAGAGCAAAAGCUAAACCUGGUGUUAAGAAGAUCUUUGUUGGAGGGCUUGAUCCCACUAUGCUUGAAGCUGACAUCAAGGCUCAUUUUGAGCAGUAUGGGAAGGUUGAAAAUGUUGAAUUGCCAUUUGACAAAGUGAAAAACCAGCGAAGGCAGUUCUGUUUCAUCACUUUUGAAUCUGAAGAUGCAGUUAAUGAAGUUUGUAAACAACCAAAACAAACUAUAGGAAAUAAGGAAUGUGAUGUUAAAAAAGCUACAAUGAAGCCUGACCCCAGAGCUAUGAGAGGUGGUUUUAUGGGUGGCAGCUGGGGAGCGCCUCGUGGUCGAGGAAAUGGAAGAGGGCGUGGAAGAGGAAGUUUCCAACAACAAGGAUGGGGAAACCAAAGUUAUGGUGGAUAUGGUCAGGCAUAUGGAGGCUAUAACCAAGGAUAUGGAAACUAUGACUACAGUGGUUAUGGUAGCUAUGGUGGUGGUUAUGGCAGUAACUACAGUGGGUAUGACUACAGUGGAUGGGGUUAUGGACAAGGUUAUGGUCAACAGAACAGUAGCUAUGGCAAAGCUCGCAGAGGAAAUUCAAUUGGUUACCACCCUUACCGCUAAUAAACUAAGAAGACUAACAUGCUGUGUGUGUGAUCUUAAUGUCCAUUUUGUCAGUAGUUUUUGUUUUUUGUUUUUUUUAAUACACAUUUGUGAUCAUGAUGUACAUAGUGACUGAGUAAUAAAAUUUUACACCCUGAUAUUUCUUCCUCAUUA